AUGGCUCGUGCCGUAAAACCGAGGGGUUCUGUUUGGAACCCACGAACCGUGACGGCACCUAUCGCAGCAGUAGUCAUGGCCGGCCUCCUCUAUACCUACGCCGUCACCUCUAUUCGGGCCGCAAAACGGAACGCCAAAUUGCACCGAGAAGCUGACGGCGGGCAACUUGACAUGCGACGUGAAAGCUUGCGCAGACACGGUUUAAUGGAACCCGUGCAAGGCACAUCAGGCUAUGAGCUCUUUAGAGAUGCCAGAGCUGAUGCCAAACAAGAGUCGAAAUUUAUGGGAGAAAAGAAAGCGAAGCCCAUGGGUGCAGAACAGAAGGAAGAGUCUGGCACGCCUCGGACCGAGAACGAAAGUGUGCUCGAAACCUAUCGAGGCUCAGCGGGCAUGCACAAGCUGAGGGAGGGGCGCCCACGAGAAUAA